AUGGGUCUAUCGCACGAAGACGACGUGGACGAGGCAUCCCUUGACGACGAGGCCCUCACCAAGUACGUGUAUGAUUUGGUCCAGUCUAGGAGAAGGAAGUUUACUCUCUCCGACAUUCUGGACGGCGAAGAUGCAGCGCCGUACGACAGGACACCUUCCAUGUCAAGCAAUGAUGCCGAAGAUGCAUCGUCGUGCGACAGGACACCUUUCAUGUCAAGCAAUGAUGAGGGCGACGAAUAUGCUAGAGCCGCAAAGAAAUCUGGUGAAUGCAGUGAUAGUCGGCGCCGCCUGGCUUUUCGAAAGUUGUGGGACACGUAUAUGACUACGUUAUCAUCUCAGGACGACGGGAUGAUCCACUUUCUCGCGGACAUUGAAGCGUUGCAAAGAUCGGAACUCCACACGAGCACAAGUGACUGGCCUGUGGACGCGCUGGAUGCGGUGGUGGGUCAGUUGUACCUGGACAUGGAAGCGUCGAGGUUAGAAGUGCGUUUGGUGCUUACGUUCCGGAUUCUGGCCAAAGCGUUACGGUGGAAGCGGAAUCAAGCGGUGGUGCUGCGACUUCACACCGACUUCCUCGUUCGCAUCGGCGGUGCCAUGCUGACGUGGAUGGACUCUACCCAAGACGGCAAAGGAGAAGCGACAUCAUUGGAAGCAGUGGAAGAGGCACUGCAGCAUUGGACCACCAUGCUCGAAGUGUGCUUGGUUGGGUCGAGCGACGCAUGGGCAGCCUGGACGAACAUGAACAAGCACAUAGAUGGACCCAAAACAUUGUCCACUGCUCGAGCUAACUCCACCCUUGACCCUCAAGCCAAAAUGCAAUGCGUGGACGCCAUGGACACCAUGAACCACCGUGAGAUCGAGUCAAUCGGCACCUCUCCGUCACAAGAAUCCAUUCACUUCACCGUGAUGGACCAGUACAUCAUGAUUCCACGCUUCAUGCCCAUGCUACCCGCUCUGGUUGACUGCAUCGUUCAAGUCAUGCACCGAGCGAGAACACACGACAGUGCGACGACAAAUCUGUUUCUUCCCCUCCAACUGCGACUCCUCACGCUGCUUGGGUCACUGUGUUGCGUGCAACGCAGCCUCGGGUUUGCCAAAGGCUCGUCAUGGAUCUCGUUCGAAUUGAAUGAGUCGACACUCACGACCUUGUUUGAUAUGCUACUCAUCACGACGAAAGACGUCACGAGCGUCGGUCGUCUGGCGGACGAAGCGCAAUUCGCAAGACUGGUUGUUGCUGUUGCUCUCGAAGCGUGCGAAAGCGCACCACCGUAUCGGUCAAAGUGGGCUCUAGUGGCCGAGAAACUAUCGCUCUUGACAUCGACGGUGCGAUGGAUUCAAGACCAAGCUAUGAAACUCGCCAUGUUGGCCACGCCCCGAGUCGAGACAGAAACCUCCUCCACCAUCGCGUCACAGCCCUGGCUCAUUUCGACUGACUUGACCGCUCACGAUUCAAUUCCGUGCGAUACACUGGACUCCGCGCAACCUUUCACAUGGUGCGCGAGCUGCCAAGACAAAUCGACUCUAUGGCGCAUGGCUGGCUUCGUCGCAAGCUGUCCGCCCAUUCCACAUGCCUCCCAUCGCCAAACUGCCAUGACGACAGUGGUGUUUGAAAUGGCCAACCGGUGCUACAAGGCGCUGUUUGACAUGCUCUUUGUGGCAUAUGUUUGCCCAACGAUCCAACAUGAAGAUGCUGUAUCAACGGCGAAUGCCAACCACACGUGUACGUUCCUGGAGCACAUUGUGAUGGUGUCACUGGACAUUUUGAAGCAAUCGCGAAAGACAUUGCACGGGUUAUCGGUGGAACUCCACGCGUCGAUCUUUCUUCAGCGCAUUUACGACGUCAACCCAGCCAGCACUAUCCUCCCCAACGUCCUGCGCAAGUACCAGGCGUGGAUUUUUCUACUGCACCACCCUGGUUUAUUCCCUGACGCCUGCACGAUCCUCCAAGAUGUGGCGACACCGCGGCGCAUCCACGACGAUGUCUCCAUAGCGUCCCUGACGGGAAAUCGCACGGCCACUCGCACCCAUGUCUACAUUCACACGCUUUUGUCGGCGUUAUUUGCAGCCAUAGCCAAGUCGUCCUUCAACAAGGCCGAGAUUGUGGACCAAGUGACAGACACCGUCGUGCAAUAUCAGCACCAGCUCCAGUUCGUGUACUCGAUCACUCGCGUUCUGGACCACAUUGCCCGCCACAACCGCCACCUGCAUCCAUUUGUGUAUUCGCCCGCAAAUUUUUCCAAACUCGUGGCAGUGCUGGCGACGUUGCAUGGCAACCGCGACGCUACCCAGAGGCUACAGUUGGUCGCGACGUUGUCGGUGCUGCGACUGCUCCAUCGUCACGUGAUGGCCGAUAGAACAAGUGCCAACGCGGUGCUCCAUCGAGAGUUCAUCUCCCAGCGGUCGGCAUCAUCGACCCCGCCUCAGCAAUUUCUGCCCUGUUUGUUUGCGUUGCUGCGCCAGCGCCAAUGUGUCCCGUUGGUGUUGGACAUGCUGUCGACAUUGCUGGCGAGUGCCACAUUCCUCAUGUUUGUACACGACCUGAGCCACCAUUCGACCAGCGGUGACCGAUUCGACUUUUUGCGAGUGCACAUGUUUCAAUCGUUCAUCCAAAGCAUCUCGGAACUCGUGUCGUGCCACGAUAACGACAGCGACGACGUCGAGGCAACUGUUGCGAGCAUGGUGGGGUGUGUGGCGACCCUGCUAUCAACACAAACGUCGUUUGGCAAGGACCUCCAGAAGCUGUUUCGAGACUGCAACGCGUUUGUGCAUUUGACCAACUUGCUGCACUCGCCUCGGUUUGUCGAACAGCAGACGCACAUUCACAUCACGCGCCAGGUGUGCCACGUCCUCACGUUGCUGAUGGCGAAGAACCGAGAAUCGAAAGCCGAGUUUCGCACGUUGAUGGUGACGACCGGAGAUGACCACGAACGCGUCGCGUACGAGCCGUUGGUUGACGUAUUCUUGGCGGCAGAACAUGGGGUGCCGUCGUGGGAAUCGAUGCAAGUCGUGUGGACCAUGAUGCUCGACAACGACCUGUCUAGUUGUCGCGUGCGCAACCCGGACGCGAUUCCGGUCUUGUUUUGUUUGUUUCGGCAUUGCACAAGGCAGGACCAGGUCAAAUUUCUCCAGCAGUUCAAACGGCUCUUCGACCCCUCGUCGUACGACGUCCUGAAUCGGUCCAUGUGCUGCUACGUUCAACCAGGCACGCUAGACCAGCUCCUGGAUGCGUUGGAAGGCGGUGUGCAUCUACCCGAAGUGAUCGACGUCAUGGUCGAAAUCGGGUGGCACUCGGUGGGGGUGCACCAACUCAAACGCAUCUUUCGGCUGCUCCAGCGUCCGUCCAUGUCGAACCUUGUCGCGCCGCUAGUUGAUGCGCUGUACUACAUGAUUCAGCGUCAUGUGGGCCUCGUUGAACCGUCUCGCUUCUUCUUCUUUGACGGCGAUCAAAGUGGUUUGGAACUCGCACCGUUUCCGUUCCCCACCAAAGGAUUUACCUUUCACACGUGGCUCCGCCUGGAUGAAUACGCCCCGCCGUCAUCACGCCAUUGUGUGUUUUCAUGGUUGGACAAACACGGGAACGGCCAUGCUCUGAUGAUUCGACAUGGCUACCUCGAAUACGGCACCGCUGGCAAUCUCAUGCAAACGACCGUUCGGCUCGAGGAAACCACUUGGUAUUGUAUCACGGUCGUUCACUCGGCAGGUACCUUUCGCCUGCGCCCUGAACUCGCCAUCUUCCUCAAUGGCGACCUCGCUUGGGUGGGCGAUAUCCCGCCAGUGGAAUUUGACGGUCCAGUCGCGUUUGGAAACAUUGCAUGCGCCGUCACACCGAGCCCAGCAUCAACUGGUCGGCAUGCCAUUGACUAUUGCGGCCAAAUGAUGAUGGGUGCCAUGUAUUUCUUUAAGAAGCCGUUGCCGAAGGACCACGUGAUGUUAAUGCACGAGAUGGGACCAGAUACCGUUUUGUUUGGCGACGACUACGAGUGGAAUCUCGACAUGGUUUGGAGCUACAACCCGAGCGUAUGGGAAGGUCAGUAUUUUUUGGACUCGAGCUCGAAUUUUCAAGAAGCAGACCCGCUUCAGUCUGCAGCUCGUCGGCUUGACGGCACUUACCACAUUUAUACCCGCAGCGCCAUCGACGUGCUCGACUGCAUCGGUGGCAUAUCUGUGUUAUUUCCUCUUUUUGCGCAGUUCGACACGCAAACGAGCCUCGACUUGAAUGCGAAUGUGCUCAAGUUGUUUUGUGCUGUCCUCAAGACAAACGUAGCGAACCAACGAUACAUGCAGGACUACCACGGGUUCCUCGUAACGGGGUACUUGCUCAGCCGCAUCUCGCCCAAUCACAUGACGCUACAAGCUCUGAACGCGAUCCACCUAUUUGUCAUGGGCGAAAUCAACGAGUCGCUCCCGUUUCAAACCCAAGCGCUGCGGCACUGGCUCGCGGACUUUUCGUUGUGGGUGUUUACCCCGCUAGACAUUCAAAUUCACGUUGUCAAGAUUCUUCAGCGCCUGGUCUUGACCUCCUCCACGUCGAUUUGGCCGAACGUGUUGACAGUACGCAAAGUUCUCGACGACCUACGACUGUUCUAUUGGUUCACGCCACCCGCCGACGUGUGGGACCUUGAAGACGAUGGUGGCGAGAUGCAGCUGCAAGCGCUAUCCCCGAGUCACUUUGAAGCCAGGGAAAGCACCUACAACAAGCGGGAAUGGAUUCACCCCGACACCAAAGUUAGCAUGGCAACACACUUGAACUCUGACGACCGCGUUAUGGUCCGGUCGGAGCUGUGGAAGCUACUAGACAUUAUUUGCAGGCAAAAGGCCACUGACUUGGACCAAAACGACGCCAGCGCUCUGUGUGGCUUCCUCGCGUUUUCGGGCGACGAGCGGCAGAAAUUGGAUCUCCUCGCGCUCUUGCAUGGGUUGUUGGCCACUUCAUCCCUUCGACAGCACUUGAUCGGUUUGAUGUCGGUCGAAGCGAGAAAGCAAGUGAACCGGCCAGAACUGAAUUUGGAUCCGCAUGGCGUGAUGCAUCCAAUCAGUGCAUUUGGCACACCGAUCGAUGGACACGACAUCCUGUUUGCCCUCGUGUUCCGACGAACGAAUGUGACAACACUGAUCAAAUUACGCGCGUUUGAAUUGCUCGUCCAGUUCGUGACGCACGAUUCCCAGUGGACACAAGGGCGCACAUCUCACGCAAGCGUAUACCUGCUGUGUGCGAUGGACUGCGUCGGGUCGUACGACGACCUCGCGCCGCUGUGUUUCCGCUUGCUGGAGAAGGGCGACCUUAUCGACGGCGCUGCUGCCCCCGCUUCGUCGUUGAUCCACCACCCAAGCUUGAUUCCGGCCCUUCUAUCCUCGCUGUUGUUGUGCGACGAUCGAAUUUGUCUGGCAGUUGUCAACGGGUUGGCCCACUUCGUUCGCAGCAGCCAGCGCAAUGCACUGUACUUGACGCCGUAUCCACGGCUGGUGGUGUUGAUUUUAUUGCGAUUUUCAAACGUGGAUGACGUGGCUGUGUGCAUUGGGCUGCUCGGUUCUUUGAUAUUGACCCAGUUGCAGACAAAUGAAGACGGGUGGUAUCUCUUUCAUUCGGUCGCAGCGUCAAUCGAAGCCCUUGUCACGUCCAAGGCCCUUGCAUAUCGACUGCGGUGUGAUUUGGUAUUAUAUGUUCUGAAAGAGCUGAGCACGGACCACGUCUUGCGAUCACCCCGGCAGCCAGUGAAAGCGUCGAAAUGGCAAUAUUUAUCGCAGGACUCUGAGCGCCAGAGAUGGUUCAUCUUCCACUCGAACAUGUGGCACAUGGUGUUUGCCAUCGAGGACGUUUUGUUCGGGGACGUUCACACACCGAUGUCAGUGCCGUCGACGUUUGCAUGGCCCGUCGCGACGGCCCUCAUCGACUUGAUACAGCAAUUGGACAUGCAAUACUGGUUGACGUUCCCGCUGGAAGAAUAUGCUCCACACCCGUGGCUUCCGCGGAAAGGCGGCAUGGUGCGCGUUGUCAUCCACCUGCUUCUCGCAGGAAUGACAAUCCACAGAGCCGAAGCGUUUGCGUACCUUCGAGCAUACGUAUGUGACGAAGCCUUUCCCCACGCUCGGAACAAAACGGUGCUGGUCGACUUGAUCCGCGAUGUUGUUCACUUGCUGCGCUGCCAGCGCAGGCAGCAACAGUCCGCCCACGCUGUGCAGUCGACGCCGGCAUCCAAUUUCAGCCGCACCUUGUACCCUUUUGUCCAAGAAUUGGUGCGAAGACACAAAGGCAUGCUCCAGCUGUUGUUGCUUGACUCGACCGAGUCUGUCCUCCGAGGAAGCAUGCCAGCCACGGACGAAGACGACCCUGUCCUCAAAAUGUUACAGCUUGAAACACAUCUGAACAUGCCAUGGUCGACCUGGGACUCUGUGAUGCCACCUGAAAAUGACGAGUUGUGGCAUACCGAAAUGAAGUUCCAACGAAUCUUUGCAGUAGCCCAAGCAACGUGGCCCCUGGUGCAUUGGGAGCUCUUGUCCACAUUGUGUACGAAACAUCGACUUACCACACCUGCGAUGGACAUCAUGUUGUCCAACUCGAUGCGCUUGGAGCGGUCCGUGUGGAAGUUUUCGAGCGAAGCACAAGAAAAGCAACGGCUGUUGGCGAGUCAUACGUGGCAGCGCAUCUUGCGGUCGUUGACUAACGAACGGGGUCCGUGGGGGCAACAGCCCGACAGCGACGUCGCACCAUUUGUGAGCUGGAAACUAGACAGCUCGGAAAACCAUAUGCGACAGCGCGUCAAGCUCAAGCGUCACUACAACGCCAAGGAAUUACCUGUCCCCAGUCCCUCGAAUGUGCUGUUGCUGCCGCAAGAAGCACAGAUAUCGCUUGCAACCGAGCUACUUCAAGCCAAGGCUCUCGCUUCGUACAACGAAGACUUUUACAGAAAAUACAAACUCGCGUUGGAUGAAGUCGAUGACGAACAAAACCAGGGAGCCAAGCAAGAUAGCGGCGUCGACUCGUCGUUUGAGUGCGAAUGGAUAGCCAAGACCAAAGUCAUGGCAGGGCAGGUCCAUAUUCGACCGCCCUAUCUCAUCUUGCACUUGGCCGCGAAAAAAAAGACAAAGCGAUUGUACCUCCGGGACCUCGUGCAGAGUCAGUUUCGGCGGUACCAGUUCCAACUAUGUGCGUUGGAGUUGUUUUUUCGAGACGGGGUGUCGCUGUUUUUAAAUCUGCGGAACCGCAAGACGUGCCAAGCUGUCGAUCAAACGAUUCGGUCGCUGCAGUUGCCUCGGCUCCAUCACCUUGGAGGACGUAGCCCGCGGCAGCUCUUCGAGCGAUCCGAACUCACGGAGCUGUGGGUCCAGCGGAAGGUGUCCAACUUUGACUACUUGAUGUAUCUGAACACGAUUGCUGGUCGCACGUACAACGACUUGGCGCAGUAUCCGAUCUUCCCGUGGAUCUUGGCCGACUACACUAGUAAGACGUUGGAUUUGAGUAAUCCGGCGACUUUUCGCAACCUGGAGCGACCGAUCGGCGUUCAAAGCGAUCAAUCGAUGGCGUUCUUUACGGAGCGGUAUAAGGUUCUCAACAUGGAGUACCAGCGAUCGGUGAAUAGCCCCAGCAGCAUGGACGACAUGCCUCAGCUGCCACCAUUUCAUUACGGCACACACUAUUCCACGUCUGCGUUUGUGAUUGGAUUUCUCGUUCGUUUACAGCCGUUCAUGAACUAUCAUCGGCGUCUCCAAGGAGGCAAAUUGGACCACGCAGAUCGGCUUUUCCACUCGAUUGAUGCCGCGUACAAGAGCUGCACGUCCAACCCGAGCGACGUUCGCGAGUUGAUUCCCGAAUUUUUCUACCUGCCCGACUUUCUCGUCAACAGCAGCAGCGACCCCCUCGGGACCAAGCAAAACGGAGAGGUCGUUCACCACGUCGAGCUUCCACCAUGGGCGAACGACUCACCCGAGGAGUUUAUUCGGUUGCAUCGACUCGCCCUCGAGAGCGAAUACGUGUCUCUGAAUCUCCACCACUGGGUUGACCUUAUUUUUGGGUACAAGCAGCGUCCGCCACUCUUCGGCGGGACGUCGCAUGCCGUCACGGCGUGCAACGUGUAUUUUCACUUGACCUACGACGGUGCGGUCGAUCUUGAGAAGCUCAAGCGGACGGAUCCGCACCUGUACGAAACGACAUUGCGCCAGAUCGAUUGCUUUGGCCAGACCCCGCCGCAGCUCCUCUUUCGCCCGCACCCAAAGCGGUACCUCGCCACAGAUUUGAUUCGUCCCAUUUUUCAGUCACUGACGUCGCUUGUCGGGUACCCUCGGUGCCGACUUAGUCGGUGUCGACGCCCCCUCUUGUACUUGUCGAUCGACGGCGACGUGUGCGUUGGCAUCGACACGAAUCGAAAUGUGAGUGUGCACAAGUGGCGCGAGCUCCCACCCGACCACGAGCCCCCAUAUUCCAUGUCAUCGGUUCCCAUGAUCCAAUACUCGCUCGGUGUUCCGUUUGCAACGCACGCCGUCACGACGUACGCCGAGACUGCGAUCGUAUUGUCCAGCUCGUUGUUCGUCUCGUUUCGAAAGCACGUGUUUUCGUGUGGCCAUUGGGACCACAGCAUCCGCAUGACCCACCUCGAGACGGGUCGCACCAUCAAAACGUUGCUGCGCCAUCAUGACGUUGUCACAUGCAUUGCACUCAGCGAAGACGGAGCAUACCUAGUGAGCGGCUCCAGCGACAACACGGUCAUGGUGUGGGAGUUUGACGUGAAGGCCGAUACGAUGGUGCCGCACCACACGCUGUACGGCCACGACGACGGCAUCACAUGCGUUGCCGUAUCGAUCUCGUUCAACUUGGUCAUCAGCAGCAGUCGCGACGGCACGGUAAUCGUGCACACGUUGAGCAACGGACGGUACUUGCGAACGAUACGCCCGGUCAAGGUUGGGAGUCGCCGCGCUCGAUUGGCGUGGGUUGGGCUCACGCGGACCGGCCAAAUUCUGACGUAUUGCGAGUCCAACUCGACGUUGUAUCUGUACUCGAUCAAUGGCAAAGCGCUGUCCAGCACACACGUCGACCAGAAGCUGCAAGCGUUUUACUUGACCAAGGUACUCUUCGAUCAUGGUCGUCGUCAUUUGGCUGACCGUGUCGCAGGAUGGUCAGUAUGCCAUGGUGGGGGGUCGCGGCCAAACCGUGGUGGUCUAUCGCCUCCACGACAUGCACGUUGUGCUGGAAUUUGACGGCAGCGAGAGAGCGACGCGUGGGUUUCAAAGCGCGAUCCAUUCGAUCUGUUUGUCCAAAGACGAGAUGCAUCUCGUGGUCGGGCUUGCCAACGGCGACGCGUGCGUAUACACGCCCAACGCGGAAUACCUCCGAGAACGGCUGCAAAAGCGGCUCACGAAUCUCGGGUUCUAACGACCUAUUUAAUGCCAUCAUUGUCGUGCGUGGCGGCACCAUCGAAUCCUGAUCCUCGCUGGUGCGUCUAGAAGUAGAGGGACGAGAUCGUGCCGCCGAAAACUCAUCCCUUUGGUUGUUAUGGUUACGAUAAAUUUAGCUGAAAAGCUUCUUUGCACGGCGCUUGACUGAGCGAUCCGCAGCUCUGAAUGUCCGAAUUGAGCUGCAUCAAAACCGCUUCUGACGACUCGGCUCGCGACAGGGCAUCCGCGACUUGGGUUUCCAACCGCGUGAUGAUGUCCGACUUGGUUGCGAUCGCCUGGCGCACUCGAUCAUGCAGCUUUUCCAAUUCUUGCUCAUGCCGUAGUUGAAUCUGUUGCUCCGCUCGGGUUUGUGCUGCAGCUUGCAACUCAGCAAGUCGCCGCUUCUCUUCUUCGUGGAUUUGCCGUUGAUUUUGACAGGUCUGAUCGAUUUCUUUGUUGACGUGACGCAGGUGACUCACUUGCGCGCGCUCGUGGGCUAGUUGUUGCUCCAACUCAAGGAACCUUUCCGCUGCAGAGUCUUGGUUCUCCUUGGCUAGCUGAAGUUGCUUCGUCAGCUCGCAAACGUGGCCUUCUACCUCUUUGGCAUGCUGCCUCGAUUCGUGCAGUGCUACCUUGAGUGCAUGUACUUCCUUGUCCAGUUGAGUCAUGACCACUUUGAGCUCGUGCUCGGACUGGACCUUCAGAUGCUCGAUCUUUGCAUGAACCGCGUCCUUCACCUUGAUUUCGAACGCGUGUUUCCACGCUUUCAUUUUGGUUCGGACUGCGGCGAUCGUGGCUUCACAAGUUUCGUUUGUGUGUGCAAUCUUAUCGUUGCAAAGCUUCUGGAUUUCGACGACUUUGUCGUCAAACGUGUGAGUGAGCCUUUCAAGCUCUUCAAAGUGCUGCGUCUCCAUUUUCUGCUGCGACUGGUCCAUGUCCUUUUCCCGCUCAGCCAAUUGCAAUGCUAGGGUCUCCAGCUCGACUUGAUGGGACAAAUUGUCAUUGUGACGCUGAGCCUUCCACUGUAAGUCCAUUGAUUUGUACGCCUCAGCAACUUUCGCCAGGCCUUGCGCGUGCGCCACACGAAUCGCUUCGACGUGCUCGACGAGAAUGUUUUCCCGUCCUGGACGAAUACCGGACGUUCGAACUAUCACGGUGUGUUCGGCUAAUGCAGCCUCCAUCUCGUGCUGGCAUGUUUGCAAGCAUUUGGAGAAACGGCACGACAUGGUCGCGUCAACCUCGUCCCUCGUCGCUUUGUCAUUGCCAGCCGUCACUUGGAGCUUGAGCUGUCGCACAGCCUGCUUUGUCGCGUUGUAUUCCUUGGCAUCUAGCCCCCGCGACGCUGUCAUGUCGUGGUGGUCUGUCGUCCACUGGCGUUUCGAGUCGUCAACCCGUUACAGCUUGAAACGGCUCGCCAACAUCCAGG